GACACACGCAUGCGCCGUCAAUCUGCUGACCCCUAACCCCUUGCACAGCGGAAAAAAAAGCACCCCAUGCUGCCUUCCAGAGAAGCUUGCGCAUGCGUGUGUUCUUGGAGCUCAUCUCCUGCCAGUAGGUAUCACCAUGGAUGUCAACAGCAGAAUUGAGUGUAUCUUUUUCAGUGAAUUUCACCCAACACUUGGGCCUAAAAUAACAUAUCAGGUACCAGAGGAUUUCAUCUCCCGAGAGCUCUUUGAUACAGUUCAGGUAUAUAUAAUCACCAAACCUGAACUGCAAAACAAGCUUAUUACAGUCACAGCUAUGGAGAAAAAGCUAAUCGGUUGCCCAGUUUGUAUAGAACAUAAGAAGUACCGCCGGAAUGCCCUGCUUUUCAACCUUGGCUUCGUUUGCAAUGCUCAAGCUAAGACGUGUGCACUGGAACCAAUUGUGAAGAAAUUAGCAGGUUAUCUUACUACUCUAGAGCUUGAGAGUAGCUUCAUUUCCAACGAUGAGAGCAAACAAAAGUUGAUCCCCAUCAUGACGAUCCUGCUUGAGGAAUUGAAUGCCACAGGCAAAUGCACUCUGCCUAUAGAUGAAUCAAACACCAUUCACCUGAAAGUGAUUGAGCAACGCCCAGAUCCCCCCAUUGUGCAGGAAUAUGAUGUUCCUGUCUUCACCCAAGACAAGGAUGAUUUCUUCAAUUCCCAGUGGGACCUCACCACUCAGCAGAUCCUCCCAUACAUUGAUGGAUUUCGGCAUGUUCAGAAAAUUUCAGCUGAAGCAGAUGUGGAGCUCAACUUGGUCCGAAUUGCCGUCCAGAAUCUUUUAUACUAUGGAGUAGUGACUUUAGUUUCCAUACUUCAGUAUUCAAAUGUAUAUUGCACGACACCUAAAGUCCAGGACUUGGUGGAUGAUAAAUGUCUCCAAGACGAAUGUCUUUCAUACGUCACAAAACCAGGUCACAAGCGAGCCAGCCUGAGAGACGUUUUCCAGCUGUACUGUGGACUGAGCCCUGGCACAACUGUGCGAGACCUCAUUUGCCGCUAUACCCUCCAGCUCCAGAGAGUGGAUGAAAGGAAACUAAUCCAGUUUGGUCUGAUGAAGGGCCUUAUUCGACGGCUCCAGAAGUAUCCAGUAAAAGUAGCCCGGGAUGAAAGAAGCCAUCCGGCACGCCUGUAUACAGGCUGCCAUAGCUAUGAUGAGAUCUGCUGUAAAACUGGAAUGAGCUAUCGGGAGUUGGAUGAAAGGUUGGAGAACGAUCCCAAUAUAAUUGUCUGCUGGAAAUGAAUCCUGUGAGGAAACAGGCUGCUUAUUUAUCAUGUUCCAUUCAUUGUUCAUGGGCUACUGGGGACUUAAAGCCUGCUUCAGAACUUCCUCAGUGAUUAUUAAAAGCACAUGGUACAGAUGAUAUGGCAUUAUGGAUGGUUUUCAGAUCACUAGUAGCACCCGGUAAGAGUGAGUCAGAUGGACACUCAGGCAUUUUUAGAUUGCUUCAGUGAAGAUAAGCCAUGGAUCUCAUUUUCUGUGAGAAGCAAAACAUACAAAUGUCUACGGAGAAGCAUCCAUGCUUUUGCUUUAAAUAAAGCAAAGUUUCAAAAUGCUAUGAUUUAGAGCACUGUAGUAAAUUGGUGUUUAACCUAUUCUCUGCUGAUGUUUGUUUUCUUUAAAACCCCUGUAACUCCUUCCCUGGCGGUGGGGGUGUCCAGGUGGAUAUUUGCACCUGAAGCCUCCAUGAGAGGAAAAGCAACUCAGGAGAAUCUGGAACAAAAGAAGCUGGUGAGGAAUGUGUUAAAUUCUCAUUCUUAAUGUGCAACUCCGCAGCAAAAAUUCCUUUGUAGUUUGUCUUGAAGAAUUAGGGAAGGCUAACUGAUUUGUUGCUGUCCUGUCUUAGCAAACAAACAGUGACCAUCUGAAAAAAACAAUCUUUUAACACAAAUAACCAGGAUGGCCCAUCUUGUUUUGCAUUCCCUCCCAGUGCUCACAAUUUAUAUUUUUCUCUCUAUAUUUUUCUAGCAAAAAGGUUACAAAAACUCUGGUCAAAUAUCUUACACAGCCUUCCUCAACAGGGUACUUCCCAGAAGUUUUUGACUUCAGCCUCAGACAGGAUGGCCAAUGGACAGGAAUGGUGGGAAUUACAGCCCAACAUAUCUGGAAGUCUUCAGGUUGGGGAAGGCAAAGAAACUUGUAUUGUUAGAAAUAAAUAGCAAGCACAUGAUUCUUUGAAGUAUUAAAUGAAAGAGUGUUGUGACAAAAUUGUGCAAAUAAAGCUGGAAGCAUAUUUGUUAUAA